GCUCAUGAAGACUUACUUCUCAGGUUGUCCUUCACAUGUGUUUAGCUAGUCCUUACUAUUCAAAACAUGUGCAAGACUUGUACCUUGAAAGUUACAAGACAUUGCUGGGAGAAAUUAAACAGGACCUGCAUAAAGGGGGAGAGUUCAUUCUCAUGAAUUGGAAAUUCAAUGUUGUUAAAAUGUUAAUUUCCCCCAGAUUGAUACAUAGAUUGAACACGAACCCAUUCAAAAUUCCAGCAGGCUUUUUUUGUUUUGGUGGAAGCUGGUAAGAAGACUCUAAACCUUUUAUGAAAAUGCAGAGGACCUGGAAGAACCAAAAUAAUUUUGAAAAAGAAUGAAGUUGGAAGACUCACAAUACCCAAUUUCAAGACUUAACUAUAAAGCUCUAAUCAUCAAGACAAUGGAUUAGAUAAAGACAAAUAAAUGGAACAAAGUCCAGAAAUAGACCCACAUGUAUAUAUGGCCAGUCGCUAAAUUGUGUUAUGCUAAGUGAGAGAAGCCAGGUACAGAAGAUUACAUACCGUAUUAUAGCAUUUAUGUAAGAUUCUAGGACUUCCCUGGUGGUGCAGUGGUUAAGAGUCCGCCUGCCGAUGCAGGGGACACAGGUUCAAUCCCUAGCCUUGGAAGAUCCCACAUGCCGCAGAGCAACUAAGCCCAUGCGCCUCUAGAGCCCAAGAGCCACAACUACUGAAGCCCACGUGCCUAGAGCCCGUGCUCCACAACAAGAGAAGCCACUGCACUGAGAAGCCCGCGUACCGCAACAAACAGUAGCCCCCGCUCGCUGCAACUAGAGAAAGCCCGUGCGCAGCAAUGAAGACCCAACGCAGCCAAAAAAAAAAAAAAAAAAGUUCUAGAAGAGAGCCCCAGUUACAGAAGACUUGUCCUACCACCACCAUGAGCUCUGAAUGCGAUGUUGGUGCUUCCAAAGCUGUGGUGAAUGGUUUGGUACCGGGCAGCGAUGGGCAAGACAGAGACACGGAUCCUACAAAAAUCUGCACUGGGAAGGGAGCGGUGACCCUCCGGGCCUCGUCCUCCUACAGGGAGAUCCCAAGCAGUAGCCCCGUGAGCCCUCGGGAAACCCCGCAAGAGGAAAGGAAACCAGUUCUGGAGUCAGAGAAUUCCUCCGCAGAUGAGUGGAGGCUUCCUUCCAAUGCCGAUGCCAAUGGAAACGCCCAGCCCUCUCCACUCGUUGCCAAGGGCUACCGAAGUGUACAUCCCAACCUUCCUUCUGACAAGCCUCAGGACUCAAGUCCUCUACUAAAUGAAGUUUCUUCAUCGCACGUUGGAACUGAUUCCCAGACCUUUGCACCAGUUAGCAAGCCAUCAUCUGCCUACCCCUCCACGACAAUUGUCAAUCCUACUAUUGUGCUCUUGCAACACAAUCGAGAACAGCAGAAACGACUCAGUAGCCUUUCAGAUCCCGUCUCGGAAAGAAGAGUGGGAGAGCAGGACUCAGCACCAACUCAGGAAAAACCCACCUCCCCUGGCAGGGCUGCUGAGAAGAAGGUGAAGGAUGACAGCAGGCGGGUGGCAAAGAGCACUCAGGACCUAAGCGAUGUUUCCAUGGAUGAUGUGGGCAUCCCACUCCGGAACACCGAGAGAUCAAAAGACUGGUACAAGACCAUGUUUAAGCAGAUCCACAAACUAAACAGAGAUGAUGAUUCAGAUCUGUACUCUCCUCGAUAUUCCUUUUCUGAAGACACAAAAUCUCCCCUUUCUGUGCCUCGCUCAAAAAGUGAGAUGAACUACAUCGAUGGUGAGAAGGUAGUUAAGAGGUCAGCUACGCUUCCCCUCCCGACCCGCUCUUCCUCGCUAAAAUCGAGCCCAGAAAGAAACGACUGGGAGCCCCCAGAUAAGAAAGCAGAUACAAGAAAAUACCGUGCAGAACCCAAAAGCAUUUACGAGUAUCAGCCGGGCAAGUCCUCCGUUCUGACCAACGAAAAGAUGAGUCGGGAUAUAAGCCCAGAAGAGAUAGAUUUAAAGAAUGAACCUUGGUAUAAAUUCUUUUCGGAAUUGGAGUUUGGGAAACCGCCUCCCAAAAAGAUAUGGGAUUAUACUCCUGGAGACUGCUCUAUCCUUCCUAGAGAGGAUAGAAAGACUAAUCUAGAAAAAGAUCUCAACCUCUGCCAAACAGAGUCAGAGGCAGAUUUAGAAAAAACGGAGACGCUUAAUAAAGCACCCAGUGCAAACCUGUCACAGAGCUCAGCAGUCAGCCCCACUCCGGAAAUUUCUUCAGAGCCUCCUGGAUAUGUAUAUUCUUCCAACUUCCACGCGGUGAAGAGGGAAUCAGAUGGGGCUCCCGGGGAUCUUACCAGCUUGGAGAAUGAGAGGCAGAUUUAUAAAAGCGUCUUGGAAGGAGGAGAUAUCCCUCUCCAGGGCCUGAGUGGGCUCAAGAGGCCAUCCAGCUCGGCCUCAACUAAAGUGGAUCAUAAAGGUGGGAAUGCUCACAUGAUUUCUUCAUCUUCAGUUCAUAGCCGAGCGGUUCACACUAGCAGUGUGUUAGGCCCCGGGUGUAAGCACAAGAAACCCCUGUCCGCUGCGAAAGCCUGCAUUUCGGAAAUCCUCCCUUCCAAAUUCAAACCCAGGCUCUCUGCUCCCAGCGCUCUUUUGCAGGAUCAGAAGAGCGUCCUGUUGCCAUCGGAAAAGGCUCAGAGCUGUGAGAACCUUUGUGUCUCGGUUCCUCUGAAUGAUUCCAAAAGAGGCCUCCCCCUGCAAGUGGGGGGCAGCGCGGAGAACCUGCUCGUGCGCUCCCGGCGGGACGACGACGGCAGGUCAAGCAGCACCAUGAGCCUGCAGGAGUACAGCACCGGCACCAGGAGGCCCUGCCCACUCUUGAGGAAAGCUGGCCCACAGUUCACCAUGCUCUACCGAGACAUGCACCAGAUCAACCGGGCCGGCCUCUUCCUGGGGUCCGUCUCCUCCUCCAGUGUGCGGGAUCUCGCCUCCCACUUCGAGAGGAGCAGCCUGGCGUUGGCCAGGGGCGAGCUGGGCCCCAGCCAGGAAGGCUCGGAGCACGUCCCCAAGCACACCGUCUCCUCCCGCAUCACAGCUUUCGAGCAGCUGAUUCAGCGGUCCCGGUCCAUGCCGUCGCUGGACCUGUCCGGCCGGCUGAGCAAGUCCCCCACACCCAUGCUGGCCCGGAGCGGCCUGACCUCUGCCCGCUCGGCUGAGUCCCUCCUGGAGUCAACCAAGCUCCGGCCCAGGGAGGCGGGCGGGCUGAACCCUGGGGGCAGCUACGCCUCCCCAGCGUGUAGCCGGAUGGCGGACCCCACCUUGGGCUUCAGGGGCCCCGUGCCUUCCGAGCCACUCUCCACCUGCUCGGACGAGCUGGACCGCUGCUCAAACGUCUCCAGCGACAGCCGAGAGGGCAGCAGCGGCAGCGUUCACGGAGACUUUCCCAAACACCGCCUCAACAAGUGCAAGGGCACCUGCCCGGCCUCCUCCACGCGCUUCACCACCAUCCGUAGGCACGAGCAGCAGACCUCCCGGCGGCCCGACUGGCGCCCGGAUCCCAGGGGGGACAAGGGCACACUCCUCAGGAACGUCUACCUAAUGAGCCCCCUCCCUUUCCGGUUGAAAAAGCCCUUCCAGCAUCCCCUCAGACAGCUUUGUCCCGGGGACUUCUCGGGCCAGAAGCCAGAUCCCCCCAGGGGGUCUCAGCCCCAUCAGGACGAGCCCCUCUCCGGGGGGAGGCCCCUGGUUCCUAGACGCCUGUCUUCCCGGCACACCAUGGCCAGGCUGAGCCGGAUCUCAGAGCCCCCUCAGGGGAGACCCGCGGCCCCCGAGGUCUGCCUGACGGCCUUUAGUAAUGGGAACUCUCUGCCGUACUCAGACCACAGCUUGGACAGGAACAACAACCCCCAAAGUGAACUUGGACCGUCCCUCGGAGAUUCAGAAUCACCAAGGCAUUUUAUACCAGCUGAUUACUUGGAAUCCACAGAAGAGUUUAUUCGAAGACGUCAUGAUGAUAAAGAGAAACUUUUAGCGGACCAGAGACGACUUAAGCGUGAGCAAGAAGAAGCCGAUAUUGCAGCUCGACGCCACACGGGCGUCAUUCCGACGCACCAUCAAUUUAUCACUAAUGAGCGCUUUGGGGACCUCCUCAAUAUAGACGAUACAGCAAAAAGGAAAUCUGGGUCAGAGAUGAGACCUGCCAGAGCCAAGUUUGACUUUAAAGCUCAGACACUAAAGGAGCUUCCUCUGCAGAAGGGAGACGUCGUGUACAUUUAUAAGCAGAUCGAUCAGAACUGGUAUGAAGGAGAGCACCACGGCCGGGUGGGGAUCUUCCCCCGCACCUACAUCGAGCUUCUUCCUCCUGCUGAGAAGGCUCAGCCCAAAAAGCUGGCACCAGUGCAGGUUCUGGAAUAUGGCGAAGCUAUCGCCAAGUUUAACUUUAAUGGCGAUACACAAGUAGAGAUGUCCUUCAGAAAGGGCGAGAGGAUCACGCUGCUUCGACAGGUGGACGAGAACUGGUACGAAGGGAGGAUCCCAGGGACAUCCCGGCAAGGCAUCUUCCCCAUCACCUAUGUGGACGUGAUCAAACGGCCGUUGGUGAAGAACCCCGUGGAUUACAUCGACCUGCCUUUCUCCUCCUCCCCAAGUCGUAGUGCUACUGCAAGCCCUCAGUUUCCCGGUCACAGCAAGCUCAUCACGCCAGCCCCCUCUUCUCUGCCCCACGCCCGCCGAGCCCUGUCCCCUGAGAUGCACGCUGUCACCUCUGAGUGGAUCUCGCUGACCGUAGGAGUCCCGAGCAGGCGGCCUCUGGCCCUGACCCCACCCUUGCCUCCUCUGCCAGAGGCUUCUGUCUAUAGCCCUGAACCGCUGGCCUUGUGGGUGAGGCCCAGCUCCUCCCUCACCCUCAGCCUCCCCCGUUCGGGCUGGUCGGCCCGGGCCACCCCACGCUCAGCGGUCUCCCCGCUGGCCCUGCCUCCCCCGCACAAAGCCUGCUCCCUGGCGCCCGGCGCCCAGACCUCCCUCCACGCCAGCGGAGAUGGUGGUACCCACGUGCCACCUCCAGGGGUCCUCGAGGAUAGCUUCUCCCAGCCGAGGCUUGGGCGUUCAGACAGGGUCAUCUCGGAGCUUAGCGACGCCUUUAGCAGCCAGGGUGAGCGGCAGCCGUGGCGAGAAGGAAGUGGAGCACGUGCGAGGAAAGCAGACAGGGAGGAGGCAGGUGAGAGAUGCCCGGGUGGACCCGCCAUCUCUAAGAAGAGCUGCCUGAGACCGUCAGACGUGGUCAGGUGUCUGAGCACCGAACAGAGACCCACAGAGCUCCACACCCCAGAGGAGAGCCGGCCCCGCGAGCCCCGGGGUAGCCCUUUCCCGGGAAGGGAGGCUGAGCCCUCAGAGCUGCAGAGAGGUGGCGAGCCGGCCGAGAGGAAGGCCGCUCGGACUGCAGCGCGCGAGCCUUCUCAUCAUUCAUUGAGAGCAGGACCUGAUCUCACAGAAUCUGAAAAGAGCUAUGUGGAAGCAGUUUGCAAUGAGAUCAUAAACAUUGCCGAAAAAUCUGUUCAUUACUGCAGCACUGUUUCUCAUCCCCUUGACUUUCACCACAAGGUAUCCCCUUCUGACAAUAAAUCAUCUCUAAUCAUUUCUCAGCAACCUCAAGCCCAGCAGCGAAGAGUCACCCCAGACAGGAGUCAAACCUCCCAGGAUUUAUUUAGCUACCAAGCAUUGUAUAGCUAUAUACCACAGAAUGAUGAUGAAUUGGAACUCCGAGACGGAGAUAUUGUUGAUGUCAUGGAAAAAUGUGACGAUGGAUGGUUUGUUGGUACUUCAAGGAGGACAAGGCAGUUUGGUACUUUCCCAGGCAACUAUGUAAAGCCUUUGUAUCUAUAAGAAGACUGAAAACCACAGAGAUGUUUUUCAUUGGAGGAUGAAGCAUAAUUCAUGAGUUUGUCUCUUUAAACAUUGAGUCAGUAGGAAAACUAAUGCAGUGGAUAAAGAAAGAAGAAAAAGAGAGGACAGAGAAGCGUUGCAUUUAAAACCUGAGCCUGUCUAAGCUUACUGAGUGUAUCAGACAGGGCUGAAC